GGCACAGCUUUUUUUACUGAAAACUUUUUGACACCCACACGCUACCCUAGACACGAAAAAUGGAGGAAGAGCGAUCGCCCAAGAGACAAAAGUCAGAGGAACCCGUUGAAACCGAAAUCGAGUAUUCCGUAGAAGAGCUCAAGAAGGGAGCCGACUUUAUUGAUGCCAUUAGUGCUGGUGAUCUGGAAAAAGCCAAAACGCUGGAAAAAGAAGGUGCAGAUAUCUGCUUUAAUGGCAACGAACAAGGCCGAACACCACUUCACUAUGCAGCCGAAAAGGGACACAAAGAUAUCGUUAAAUGGCUGCUAAGUGAAAGCCAUCCUUACAAUUUGCUCGACAAGGAUCAGGUCACUGCCGGCGAACUUGCAUUAAAAAACAAGCACAAUGAUAUCUACGAGAUGCUGGUGGAAGAAGGCACGCGCGCUGAACUCUUGCUACGCGCAUUAAAGGCCAGUUUUGCUGCUGAAGAUGAUGAUGACGACGACAAGGUGGAAGAGGGCGAGAAAGAAGAAAAGGACAAGAGAAAGACAAAUGUGCCCAACGAAGAGUAUUUAAACCAAAAGCUACAUUAUGACGAUAACAAGUUGAUGGACGAGAAUAACGAUGCUGUGAUGAUGGGUUGGGAAGGUCCGCUGAUGGUAGAACACGCCAAGGUCAUGUGUCCCCGUGAAGGUUUGGAUGUGCUCAACGUUGGCUUUGGUUUGGGCUUGAUCGAUAUGGAAUUGCAAAAAUACAAGCCUCGCAACCAUUUCAUCAUUGAGGCACACCCGGAUGUGUAUGCACAUAUGAAGGAACAAGGAUGGGAUAAGAAGCCUGGUGUUACUAUCCUGUUUGGACGGUGGCAAGACAUGGUACCAACUUUGACACAAGCUUUUGAUGGUAUCUUUUUCGACACGUAUGGAGAGUUCUACGAUGACCUGCGCGCAUUCCAUGAUGCCGUGCCCAAUAUCUUGAACGAAGGCGGUAUCUACACAUGGUUCAAUGGUCUUGGUGCCACCAACCAAUUCUUCCAUGAUAUCUAUUGUCGUGUGAGCGAAGUUGACCUGCACGACUUUGGAUUAAGUACCGAGUAUGUCGAUAUACCAAUUGCAACGGCCGACGAAAAGGGUGUAUGGGAUGGUGUUCGUCAACGCUAUUGGGUCCUAGAUACAUAUAAACUUCCCAUCUGCAAAUUCCUGGAUUAAUUCCGUAGUAAUAAAAAGAAACUCGCCAUCCCAACCUCUUCCUUUUCUUUUUGCUGUACAUAAUAAAUUACCCAAACAUAUAUGGAAACUUUUUGAGUAUUGGAGGGAUGAGUAAUGACCUUUUAUUGUUUUUUGAGAGAACAAGGUAAUUUAAGCAAUGAGCUCGACGGCUACA